CGUUUGUUUAUUUGCCCCAUUUUGAUACGGUGGCAUCGGUGGCGAUUUUCGGCACACUCGCAACAUCCAUCGCUGGCGGCGGUUAAAACAGCGCCGAGACAACAAACGCAUCGUGGCAUUUUGAGAAGGCGUCCAAAGGCGUCGUUUGAAUGGCAGGCUUAGUUUCAGUUUCAGAUACGGUUCGAACAGAUACAGAUUUUGAUAAAGGCGACGGAUGUGUUUACGAUUGUUGUGCAAUGGCCAAAUCGAUAACAGAAAAAACGAGAAGAGCCACAAAAUCAACGACAACAACAAAAGCAACCAUAACUGCAAUACACACACGCAAAAGUACCACAACAAUCGCAUUUAUUCUGCUGUUAAUCCUCUGCUGUUUAUGUGAUUACAACUAUGGAAGCUGGGCAUCACAAUGCUGGAGGAAGCACAAUUCCGGCUCGAUUCAAACGCCAGACGGGGAAUUUAAGCGACCCUUUGGCAUACUCUGCACAUAUCGCUGCUUUCUCUGGUUUCCGCCAAUUUACCCGUACUGUGAAUUCAUAUUCGAUCUGCGUUUAUCGAGGCACUUUACAUCCUUUCCGGACUGCUACGAGAUUCGUUGCAACGAGACCUUCUCCUUUUUCGGCAAGGAGCCACAGUACUGACCAUCAUCUAGAUGGCCAGCUAACCGGCGUGUGAACUCCGUUUCCCAAUCCCCUGAAUUGUCUUUCCACUUUUUUUUUUUCGUUUUUUUUUUGUAGUACUUAGUCUGUGACUAAGAAUUGUAUGCUUCAAUAAAUAUGGAUUACUGCAUAGAACAAGGCAUUCGUUUUAUCUCUGCCGAAAGUGUGAAUAUUAAGAGUUGGUUUCGACUUCUCUUCGAGUGUUCUCUUUAGUUAAUUGCCUUACAAUGUUUGCUGUUAAUGAAAUGAAAUUAUGAAAUUCUGUCUAUUUUAAGUGAUUUAUUUUAUAAUUAAGUUGCCCAUUACGUCAAGAUAAUAUUAAUAGCCCUUCCACCAUCUAUCCAUCCAUCUUAGUUAAGCAAUCUAAGCCCAUCUCCUGCAAAUGGUCUAUGUAAAUGGUCGCCUCCAGGGUCAGGCAAUCAUUCGG